UUUGCUUUGCUUUUAACACGCAGCGUGCUGCGUGUAAAGAAACUCAUUUAAACAAAUUGUUUUCUUUUUGUUGUUGUCGCCGGAAAACAAAUACUUAAAGCUAAACACUCCGGCAAACAUGCUCUCGCUACAAAAUCAACGACAACCCAAGACAACACCUUUGGUCGAUGACUAUGAAAUAUCGGACACAGUCUUGGGUCUCGGCAUCAAUGGCAAAGUGGUGCAGUGCACCCAUAGACGCAGCAAACAGAAUUACGCACUCAAGGUGCUGCUGGAUAAUGAGAAGGCGCGACGUGAAGUCGAUUUGCAUUGGCGUGUCAGCGGCUGCAAACAUAUUGUAAACAUCAUAGAUGUCUAUGAGAAUACCUAUAGUGGACGCAAGUGUCUGCUGGUUGUAAUGGAGUGCAUGGAGGGCGGUGAAUUAUUCCAACGCAUACAGGACAAAGCGGAUACGGCAUUCACGGAACGCGAGGCAGCACAGAUAAUGCAUGAGAUAUGCGUUGCCAUACACUAUCUGCACAGUCGGGAUAUAGCGCAUCGUGAUCUUAAGCCAGAGAAUUUGCUAUAUACAUCGAAGGAGCCCAAUGCAAUACUGAAGCUAACGGAUUUUGGUUUUGCCAAGGAGACAUUUACCAAUGAUACGCUACAAACGCCCUGCUAUACGCCCUACUAUGUUGCUCCCGAAGUGCUUGGACCACAGAAAUAUGACAAAAGCUGUGACAUUUGGUCACUCGGCGUGGUCAUGUACAUCAUUAUGUGUGGCUUUCCGCCUUUUUAUAGCAACAAUGGUCUGGCCAUAUCGCCGGGCAUGAAGAAGCGCAUACGCACGGGUCAAUAUGAUUUUCCGGAUCCCGAAUGGACGCAUGUCAGUCAAGCGGCGAAGGAUCUAAUCAAGGGCAUGCUUAAUGUUGAUCCCAGCAAGCGUUUGCGCAUAGAGGAAGUGAUGCGUAAUAAAUGGAUAGCGCAGUUUAGUGCAGUGCCACAGACGCCGCUCUGUACGGGACGCAUGCUCAAGGAGGGCGAGGAGACCUGGCCAGAGGUGCAGGAGGAAAUGACACGCUCAUUGGCCACCAUGCGCGUGGACUAUGAUCAGAUGCAAAUCAAAGCGCUGGAUAAAUCCAAUAAUCCACUGCUGACCAAGCGCAGGAAAAAGAUUGAGGAAAUCUAUGGGGUGCAGAAAUGAGGGCAAAGUUAUGUUGAUCCUCCCACCCCCCCUCUAUAAGCUAUAUCGUUGACUACCGCAAAGACAGACGUUUGGGUCUUUUAACACUUAAGAGUUGUAUAAUGCCAGAGAGCACCGACACCAACUUAUACUAUACACAUAUAUAUAUAUAUACUAUAUAUAGUAUAUAUGCUAGAAGGUAACAAUUAUCAGCCUUUUGACCUUUUGUUAAACAUUUUAUUUAAAUUGUUUUGCUCGUCCUUUGUUCUAGUUUAUAUGUAUAUGUGUGUGAAUAUGUAUUACAAUUUUCCAGUAAAUCAGGUUUUAGGGUUUGUGCUCUUAUCUUAUUUGUCAUAAAUUUUAAAAAACAAUUGUUUAAAGCCAAGACAAUGAUUCUAGCCAGAAUAAUAUUUUUUUUUUUUGUGUAAUUUCCAUGUAUUUGGUAAUUUUAAUUUUGUUGUGUCUUUACGAUCUAAUGUGAAUUUUGACUAUACUACUUACUACUACUACUACUAUAAUAUAUGGUAUAUAUACAAUUAUUGAACUAUUUGAACUAUGUGUAUGAAUAAAACAAAGCUAAUAAUUGUAUAACAAGCUAUACAAAAAAAAGUUAAGUGCUAACGCUUGGCAUUGUUUUUGUUUGCCAAAACUCUAUAUAAUAUAUAACUACAUAUAGUAGUAUAUAUCGUAUAUAUACAGUACAAGCUCAAUAGCUCUUAGCAACCAAGUUGCAAGCCUAAAAAUCCGAAAGCUAUACUAUACUUGCUUGCAAAUGAAAUAAUAAUCAAUAAAUAAUUCUAAAGAGUUUCAAAUUUUCCGAUUUAACGAGAUUGUACUGCAUAUAAAGCAUAAUGAUAAUAAUAAUAAUAUGUAUGGAAUAAAGUAUUUGCAUGUAUGUGCAAUACAAAAUAUAAAAAUGAUUUUUUUAAUUGCUGAGCACGUUGCCGUCUGUUAGAUAAAACACACAUUAGAAAAGGACAGAGCUAUAUGUGUAGAAAGUGCUAGUUGCUGAAUAAAAAGAAAACUACAAGUGUUUUUUUUUAGAUAUA